UUUGAAUUGGUGAUUGUGGGGUAAUCUUCACGGCGCACUUCCGAGGUAGCCGCCUCAGAAAGUGGUUGCCAGUGAUUGAGAGACAGUGCUGGAGACGGGACUUGACUCACAGCACGAUGGCAGCUUGGGUCUGUCUAGUGAUCGUGACUUGUUUUAUCGGUAUCGCUCAAUCGCAAUUCGAUCCGGACGCGAUCAUCUUCCCUGACGAUGACAAUGAAUUGGGCAGCAGCUGCAUUCGUGACUCAGACGGCAAACUCGGAAUUUGCUCCAAACUCCAGGAUUGUCGCGGCAUUCACAAAUUCGGCAUAGCAAUAUCAAUUGAUUUUUGCAAUCGCAAAGAUCAAACAGUGUGCUGUUCCCUGGAGCACCUCUACAAUUCUGUCGACUCGAGAUUCGGUGAGGAGGAGAACGAACACAAAGAGGAUGAUAAGAUGAAAGAUGACAAAGUGGAGAAAAAGGACAAGGAUGAUAAAGAAGAUACUGAGGAAGAGAAAUCAAGAGCUCGCGAAAUUCACGCCACUCAGGCACUAAUUGGAGAGCUUUUGGGUGACAAGCGGAGGAUCAGGUGGAGAUGUGGAGGAUCAUUGAUUUCACCUCGACUCGUUCUCACCUCUGCUCACUGUAUCUUCUCUGUUGACAUUCCAACAUACAUUCGGAUCACAACAAAAGACGUAGAGCGGCAGAUAAUUGAGCACACCGAUGCGUCAAUCGACAAAAUAUUCAUCCACCCCGAAUAUCAUCCGCUAAAGCUGUACUAUGAUAUCGCCAUUGUGCGUCUCAACAAGGCCAUUCGGGGGUUCCAACCGGUCUCACUUCCAACCACAAACGACACUCUAUUGCGAGACGAUCUGCAUGUGACAGGAUGGCUAAAUACUCCGAGAGAUUCUGAGGAACACAAAUUUGUCGAUGACACCGUGAAACUUCUCCCGAGUGAUAAUUGUACAUCUUUCUUCGACUUGGCAGAACUCGCUGAUGGAAUAGUUGAUAAUCAGUUUUGCGGUGUGAUAGCAGACAAUAGCUCACUAGUUCCUUGCUCCGGGGCUUUCCUCGGCCUCCUUGAGGCAGAAUCUCAUGUCGUCGUGGCCAUUCCGUCAUUUACAAUCGGAUGCAGCAAUGAUCGACCUUACGUUUUCACCAAUAUCGCCCACUUCAUCCCAUGGAUCAAAGCAUUGAUUGAUGAUGACCUGUGAAUUACUUUUUUUUUUAAUCUAUCUAUAUAAUAAAUUUUAUAACCAGUGACUCAUACUUUUGCGGGAACUCCUGCCAUCAUUGCGUGAUGCUGUGA